GGACGGAAGCUGAGGGGAAUGAAGAAUCUCGUACGAAUAAAGGGAAUGAGUUGGAUGAAAGUCUACUGACAAGUGACGAUGGGGAUAUUGUAGGGAGACCUGUUGGGUGUGACAUCCCACCAAGACCAAUGGCAACUUCCAAAAUCAGGAAGGUAGGAUCGUACUUUGGGUUCACCAAGGCGCAUUUAAAAAAUGCAAACAUCUCUGGUGGGUUGUACCACGUGUUUCGUGGAAUGGUGGAGUUGGGGUUGAUUGUGAGGUAUCCUGAAGCCACUGGUGCCUGGAGGCUGAAGGAAGACAUCAUAAAAGAUCACCCAACCAGUGAUGUGGAUAUGUUAUCUUCAAAGUCGAAGAAAGAACUCGAACAAAAGACGGCUGAGGAGCACGCAACGGG